AUGAGUUCAGGAGGACGGAGCGAGAAAUUGACAAGGAACGGUGAAGAUGAGGAGAUAUCAGCUCUAGCAAUUGCAUAUCAUCAGCAUCAUCAGAUCACUUCAUCACAUCACAACAACAAAACCAUUUACCGUGCUGGCACACACUCGUGUUGUGCUGCAGUGGAUGGUUAUCAUCACAGACAAUCGUCAAAUCACAGCCACAACCGUUCCGUUCCAUUCAGCUCGCACUCCAGACCGAUCAAGUCAGUUCGUAGAAACGAGUUAGGUAACGGCAGUAGCAUCAACACAUCACGACGCCAUCAUCAAACGUCAGAGUAUGGUAGCUGUGAUCCGUCGCCAAAUAAUCGUCGGAUUUACGACCGAGAGCUGGAUGAUUCCGACGUGGAUACGUGGAGUUCAGAACAUCUCAUUCGAGUAAAAUUUAACGUUUUACGCAUCGAUUUGAAAACAACAAUUGACUUCGAAUUGAUGAUUAAAAAUUUCAUUAUUGACUGCCAAAGGCAAUAUUCACUUCAAAUUUUAAAGGAAUUGAGAAUGGAACUUCACGUAGCAAAUGAUCGUAAAAGCUAUUAUAAAGAUUUAUACAAACGAGAACGUCAAGAUCGGCUGAGGGAUCGUGAAUUACGCGAUUUGGUUGAGAAAAAACUUAUGGACGAUCUAAGAACCAAAGAACUGGAGUGUGCCAAUCAUAUUAUACAUAUUAAAAAAUUGGAGCAGAGCACAAAAACGGCAUUUGAGAAUCGACAAUUUGAAUUGAAAAUUAAAUGUGACGAUUAUCAGGAACUUGAACGGCAUUCAACGUCGAUGAGAGAAUCAGCUUUUCGAGUUGCGCAACAUUACUGCACACCGUCCACGUCGAAUACCACAUCAACAAUGGCUGGUGCGGGUGAGGCACUUUCAAGUACAUCUGAGUUGUUUGCGAUUCGAAGUGCAUAUGAAAUGACGAACUGCGAGAGCCGUUGUGAACUGCCAGACGAAACGAAAGUAUUCAGACAACCUGAUGAGCUUUCGUUGGAACUGCCGAGAAAUGGUUGUGGCUUAGCAGACUUAUCGCUCGUCGUUUCACUGCAGCCAACAAGCAUGAACAACCCUUCAUCACAAGAUGCAACCGUUCUCGAGGAAGAUAAGCAGUCUGAUAAUGGAUAUGGCACCACAUCAGAAUGUGCUUCUGAAAUCAGAUCCAUUCGUCGUGUCUGUAGCGACUCACAACUAUCAUCAAUGCGGCGAACAAUAUUCAGUACAUAA